ACACCAACAAAGAAAGCAAUAAACACACACAAUAAACACGCAUGGCGAUAGCAAAUCGUGCAGGCAAUCAAGGAAACGAGAUCACGGUGGAAGAGUUCAAACGAUGGCUGAAGAAGUUCGACGCCGACAGAGACGGCCGGAUAAGCGUGGAGGAGCUCCGGCAGGCGAUCCGCGCCGCUGGGGGAUGGUGGUUCUGCACCCGGAAGGCGAAGCGCGGUGUCAAGAUGGCCGACAAGAACCUCAACGGCGCCAUCGACGAUUACGAGAUUAAUAAUCUCGUCGAUUUUGCACAACAUUAUCUAGGUGUAAGAAUAACUACUUAAUUAGUGUUCCUUUUUUCGCCGUCUUUUUUUUGGUUACCGGAAAUAGUAAGUCUGUGUGUGUGUAUGUAAUGUAUGUGUAUAUAUGCAGCUAAGUUCUGAUCAGCAAUAUGCAUGAAUCUAUGUGUUAAGUACAUAUAGCAAGCUCUUUGGUGAUUGGAAAAGAUAUAUACUAUGUCAUGUGUAAAUAUUACUUUUGUCAUC